AUGUACUCCGAGACGAGAUCACAUCGUAUAAUGGCAUCACUCUGGGUGAUGUCGGGCGUUGCAUGCUUCUUCAUGAGCUUGCGGUUCUAUUGCAAAGGCCGGUUUGGAAAACGCUUCGGCUGGGACGACUUGAUUCUCGCUAUCUCUUGGGUGCUCACCGCUCUGUACGCGGUCUUCCUCUCCAUCUCUGCCAAGUAUGGCGUUGGCUCCCACUUUCUUGAAAUUCCCAAGGAAAAUAUAUACUGGCUGCUGUUCUGGCUCGACCAUGGUUUGACGUGCACCAUUCUCUCCGUCUCACUCAGCAAGACGUCCUUUGCCGUUACGCUCCUUCGAUUCGCCCCUCGACCGUGGCAGAGAUAUAUGAUCUGGUUCGUCAUUGGCAGCUUGAAUGUAAUCAUGACGCUCGUUGUGGUUCUUCAAUACGCGCAGUGUAACCCGGUUCAGAAAAGAUGGAACGCUCUACUUCCCGGUACAUGCUAUGAUCACCACAUUAUCAUUUACUAUUCUAUGUUUGCUGGAUCCUACUCAGCUUUGUGGGACUUCGUUCUUGCCACUCUACCUUGGUUCAUUAUCUGGAAACUUCAAAUGAACAAGAAGGAAAAAGUCGGGGUAGCACUCGCAAUGAGCCUCGGUAUACUCGCAGGUAUCACAGCCGCAUUAAAGACGUCCUAUCUUCCGGGAAUGGGCCACUGGCAAGACUUCACGUGGGAAUCGUCAAAUCUUCUGAUCUGGAGCGGCGCUGAGGCAACUAUGACUAUAGUCGGUGCCUCCAUUCCUUUCUUGCGGGUCCUCGUCAAAGAAGUCUCGUCCACACACGGUAACAGCUACAACCUCAAGAACGUGAGCAGCGGCAAGGGCACUGGGAACAUGACCAGGACUGGUCGUCCGAGAGAUAUUCAAACGUACAAGCGACAUCAUGAUGAUCAGAGUGAUAGAAGUAUUCUGGGGGAAGAGCAGAGCAAGGAUGGCGUCAUAAUUCGGUCGAAUGAGGUCACGGUUGCUUAUCAUGAGCGAGGUGAUGAGGAGAGCCAAAGGGCUACGAUAAGAACGUCUGUCCUUUGA